GAGAUCCUGGAAUAUUUGGAGAAACAUUUGGAGAAGCGAUUUUCUUCCCUGCCCUCACUUCAGACUGAAUAGACGCCCGACUCCCCGCCGCCCGAUCCUCUCUCCCUCCCUCGCGGGGGAUCAGAGGACACUUGGAUCCCACUAGCGGGGAAUCGGAGCCUCCUCCCGCGCCUUUCCUGUUCUUGUCAUAAGCGUCGUGAUUAUUUUCCGCCUCCCUAUAACCACAAAAACCACAACAAAAGCUGUGGUUGAAAGGAAACAUCAUCAAAAAUGUGAAAAAUACCGACAUCUCCAGCAAAAUUAUCUCGUCAAUGAAUGAUCUAGUCAUGGGGGCGGACCAGUUCCUCCUCACUUGGAACAACCACCGCUCCAAUUUUGCUGAAGUCUUCACACAACUUCGCGUUCAGGACCAACUUGUUGAUGUAACGCUUCUUUGUGAUGGAGGAUCAUACCCAGCCCACCGCCUUGUCUUGGCAGCCUGCUCACCUUACUUCCACCAACUAUUCACACGAUUACCCACCCAGCAUCCGCUCAUUUACCUCAGGGAUGUUAAACAAGCCGAACUAGAAGCACUUCUUGAGUUCAUUUAUCGUGGGGAGGUAAGUGUUGCAAACAGCGAACUUACUGGGUUGAUAAAGAUAGCUGAGAGUUUACGCAUCAAAGGCCUUGGAGAUGUGUCUCAGAGAGAUCAGCAUCCCCAUCCAGGAGAAAAGAGACCAUCGCCUCCAUUUUCACCAUCAUCACCCAUAAAUCAUAACUCUAAUCCUCGCCCCAAAAAAGCUGCACGCUUAUCAUCUGGUAAUGGGGACUCCAAAGGAAUGGAGACUAGUUUUGCAUCUCUCUUAUCACCAGCAAAUAGCUAUGGCCAUGCCAUAAACAAGUCCACCAAUAAUAACAAUCACAAUAACAACAAAAACAGCGAAGGAUUUGCCCAGUUGAUGGAUUCUGGUUGUCCGGAGCCAUCUGACCAUGACCUGGAAGAAGAUCGCACCCCUAACAUCGUGUGGGACACUUCCCUUUCAGAAUCAAAGUUACGGUCAUGUCUCGAAGGUUUGGAUUCUGUGAGUUCUGCUCAAACUCUUGCUCAGUCUGUUGCUCACACAGUCGCUCAGUCCAUUACUGUACCUAGGGCACUAUUUACUUCUACUCCUACCAAAGUCUCAUCAGCAAGGAAGGAGGCAAGUGAUUCAGUAAAAGAGGGAAGCCGUGGAUCUUCACGAAGAAAGCACCAUGAGGCAAGUGAAAGUAAGAGAGGUAGAACUUCCUCAGCUCACCACAUUUCAUCCAACAGUCAAGAGUGUGAAAAAGAAGCAAAGAUCCCCAAGGAGAUUGUUAAAACUGAGCCUGGUACUGAGACGUGUGCAGCAGCCGCCACCACCACCUGCACCACGGAGUCUGAAAAGGGUUCAGACAAUCCUUUAUUGCCUAUGUAUGAUGGGAAUGAAAUUAGUGGAGGAAUAUCAGACUUGGCAAACCCUUUGUUAGCCAGCUACCGCCACAUGCUGGGCCUAAGUAAUGAAGAUCGUUCAUAUUCGCCACUUAUUCCAACAACGGUACAAGAGCAGCAACAAGCCCCAUCACCAACUGGCAGGGAGUCACGGAGUUUGACAUGUCACCUCUGUGGUGCAACCAUCAAGCACAUUGCAAACUUCAGAAGACAUAUGAAACAACAUCUAAAUCCAAGACGUUUCCCCUGUCCAUGGUGUUCAGCUGCUUUUGGUCGGAAGGACAAUUUGAAAACUCAUACAAGAAAACAUCACCCAGCUGAAGUAGAGGCGCAAGAAGCUGGUGUUUUACAGCGUGGUGAAGGUGGUAAUGAUGGUGUAGAAGGAUCCGAUGAUGCCAAAGUAGCUCUAACAGGUCUUAAUGGGCUUGGAAGCAACGGUGGCAACGUGAGAGAUAGUAGCCAUGAUGACUGUGACCGUGUCGAUGGUGACCAGGAAGAUUCCUCUGAUCACCAUGAAAGCUUAGUCAUUGCUGAGGACACGGAGGAGGAGGAGGAGGAUGAUGAGGAUUCUCGUCUUCAGGUCGAAGAUGGUCAGUGAAUUUUCUUCGUUCUGCCUAAGGAAUGACCUGAGAUGCUAUCUGACCCAUAGAUAUUGACAUCCUCUAGUUGAUUAUGUCAGACCAGAAUGUAAGUACCGUAUGUAUCAGUUAUGUUAAUCAGGAGUCCAUUAGAGCUACAAACGAUGAUUACAGCGCAGCUUUGGGGUUACAGUGGACUAAAUUGAAUCAGUGCCUGGAGGCAAUUAGAUAAUUUGUUGUAGGUAAAAGAUUUUUGUAUGUAUUGAUAUUUAAAAUGCCUUAUUGACAGUGAUUUAAAUAGUGUUCUUUAAAAGGCUUAAGAAAAGUUUUAUAUGCAACAAAAAAAUUUUUGAAAAGCCUUGCCUCAUUGCUCAUAUCAGUACAGAUUAUAGACACAUCUAGCAUGUUUCACUGUAUAUUGUACUUUUUAUAUCUUGGUGAUUUAAUGAUUGAUAGUAGAUUUGGUACCUAGUAGUGUCUAGUCAAGAAGGAACUUAAUAAAAUAGUUCAUUUUGUGUCUGUUAGAUCGUGUGUGUGCGUGUGCAUGUGUACCUAUGCAUAUGAUGCCUUCAUAUGCCUGUUGGGUUGCAUUAAAGCUGCAAUAAUAUAGUCUAGUCUUGGUAAAUGCCAUAAGGUAUAGUUACACUAAAUUCACUUUGUGAUUUCUUCCAUUGUAUGUCAACUUACUGCACUCUUCAUCUUGAUACCAUCAAUAUUGAGCUCGUUUUUAAUGUCUGUCGUCUUAAAGUCUUGCAUCCAACAAGAAGUAGUAGAGAGAAGAUUAGUAUCAGUAUUUGGGUUUGCAUCCUUUCUGCCGUCAAGUCGUCGGACUGUCGUCAGCAGCUCGAAGUCUCCCAUGGUUAUUUCAGGUGGGAAAACAAGAUAUUGAAUUUCUUCAAAGGCUCAGUUGGUCUUUUUUAUUUUUUAUCUUUUGCAUGAGUAUUAGUUCUUAAGACUUAUCCAGAAAUACUUUCUGUCUUCAACAGCUUUAAUUUGAUUUCUUAAUCAUACCCAUUUAUCAUGAGAAUUUUAAAUUACUGUAUAUGAAGUAUUAAUAGAAACUAUUUGAAUUAUGAAUACAUUUCUGUUCACAGACAAUCAAACUAGUCUAGCUCUGAAGUGAAAGUGUGGCAGCUUUAUGUAAAUAUAUAUGCUGACGGUACAUUUAUAUAUAUAUAUAUAUACAGUUACUGUAUGUAUAAUGACGCAACCGUAAGAAGUGCCAACUAACACUUACCUACCGUUAUUCCUACUCGCAGCAUUCAGACAAGCUUCUGCUGCACUAGUCAUCCAAAUAUUUGUUAGAUCAGUAUAAACAAAGGCCUCAUGUAUAUCUUGUUCUUCUUGGGGUAAUUUCUACUUGAUUUGAAUAACAAUGUUACUCCGUUCGUGUAGUGUCCGUCGUUUAUGUUUAUAUGGGAGUUUUAUGUGUUCCUACAUCAUAGUUGUCACCAUGAUGUAUUUAACUCUUGUGGAAUUACAGCAUUUAUUAACAAAUAUUUAAUUUCUGAAGCCAUGAAAGUUUGUCGAGACCCAGCCAGAAGCACUACUUAUAAUAGAGUGUUGCCAAUCUCAUAAGUAGCAAAGGAACAGGAUUUUUGGGGGAAUUGAACCAGUAAAGUUAUGUUUAUCUCUCUGUAAAAUUUUGGAUGCAAAUGUAAUGUUAUGGUUAAUAUUGCAUCAGACUCAGUAAUUUACAAAGGAGAGUGACAUUUUUAAUUAGAAAUAUAUGAAGAGGAUUAAUUUAAGAGUAGGAUCCAUUUUCUUAGAAUUAACUUAAUUAUAAAUAGAAUACUGCAUUGUUAUUAUCCCAGGAGUAUAACAUCUUUACCAGUUCAUAUUUAGCUAUUUCUUUAAGUAACCUGCAUCUUCUCUUUUUGUGAAUUUUUUUGUGCCUUUUUACCAUAGACUUUCUUUCUUUGUCUAUGCAGUGUAUCCCUAGUUCGCAAAGUUUUAUGUAGGUAAACUCAAGUUCAUACUGAGCAUUAACAAACAAAUUAUGCAUUACCAAGUACUGAUAAAGUGGGACAAAGAUUUUUUCUUUGUUUGACCAAAAACUUCAGUAAUUUGUGCCACUCCCCUGCCCAUCAUGUAGGCAAUAACACACUAUAUAGUUAUGGGUCUUUUUAACUAGCGUUGUAUAUAUCCUUUUCCCAAGGGCAGCUUAUCUUGUUUCAGUAUUCCCCAAUACCCAAGGUGCUUUGAAGCAUCAGCGUGCCCCAGCUGCUAGUCUUUCUGAUUCCUUAUCAUGACCUCCGGCCUUUUUCUGCCUGUCUGUCCAUAUUCUUUAGCAUUCCUUUGCACCAAUUCCCUCCCCUUUUUAAAACCGGAUUCAAUGAACCAGCUAUAGGAGAAGAAGGAGCUAUGGCUCAGUGGCCCAGUUAAACUCACCUAAAAAAGUAAAGUCAGUGGUACAAAGUUUGUACAUAGAAGCUUUAUAAUACUGUCUGUAUUUGAUGGAACCCACACUUGUGUCUAAUAUGCUCUUGAACUUGCAACUAGUUGUUCCUAAAGGGGUUCACAGAACAAAACAGUCCUUUAUAAUUUGCAUUUUGGCUACAAAUGGCAGGUUUUGUUGAAAAGUAGAAUGAAAUACUGCAAUACUUGAAUUGUGUUGAAAAGACAUUAAAAUAAUUUGAUCAAAUAGACAUUAUAAUAAAUUAUCCACUGAAAGAGCUAGUAGCAUUUAUUUAACAUACUGGCCUUAUAGGUAUGUAUAAUUCAAAUGAACACACUGGAUGUAGUUUCUGUAUGAGUAAAUAUAGUAACCUCAUCUUCCUAGUCAUUGGAAAAAAAAUUUGUUAAUUACUGAAAAAGGAUACAGAAACAUGAAUGAUCCUUGCAAAGACCUUGUAAUUCUUUCUAUAGUAUUUUAUCUAAUUUCAAGAGCAGGAUGUUACCUCUCUCUCUCUCUCUCUCUCUCUCUCUCUCUCUCUCUCUCUCUCUCUCUCUCUCUCUCUCUCUCUCUCUCAGGCGUGAAUUGGUUUACCCGACCAGUUAGUCUUGCACUUGAAUAGUAAGAAGCAACAUCAUUCAUAUGACUUUGCUGAGCUGGAAACCACCUAAAAUAUGAGAAAGGGCUUUAUUAUAAGUGUGCUUUUGAAGGAAGGGCAUUUUAAAAGACAUUUAACAAAUGACAAUCUUAGAAAGAAAUGUAUUGAGAGCAUGGCAUUUUUAUGAAACCGAUUGAAAGUAUAGAUGUAUGUAUGUAAUAGGGAAAGAAUGUGGCCUUGGCAUCCUGGUAGUAUAUGUUUAUGUUCAUGUGUAUCCUGAUUACUGUGUGACUGAAGCUGUUCUCGAGGGAAGACUCUCGGACAUUAGGAACACCAAAUGGGGUGAUGUAGUGGCUCCCUUGUUAGAUUAGAUAUAAUGUGAUAAUCCAAUUCAACCUGAUAAAUGCCUUCCCUGCCUUAAGGUGUCAGUUGGUCCCACAAACGGCCUGCUCAAUAUUGUAGAUGUAGAUUGAUAAACUUAUCUCAAAGUAGAGUACCUUACCUUGGCGUCCGAGGGUCAUCUAUUCCGAGAGGUGUGUCCUGUAUCCAGGAGUUUAACUUACAUGUAUUUUAUGCACUGCAUAGCAAUUACAAUCGUAACCAGUGAAAACAUCCCAAGGGAUUUUAUGUGAAUGUGAUGGUAAUUGCUGUUUGGGUGUUAUUUAUUAAUGUAUUUAGAAUUGUAUUUGAUUGGUAAUACGUAUUUAUUUGUCUAAAUUUGUACUUAAUAACUGUACAGUAAGGUUUAAUCUAGGUCUAUAGAAUUUACCCAAGUAUGAAUGCGUAGUUCUGAAAUGAAACUCUUCUUACCUUUUCACUGUGUUUGAUAUUUAAUUCUCUUUGGGUCCGUUCUUAUCAAGUGUCCUAUGUAUAUUGAAAGAGUAAUUUAUUGUGGAAAUAUAAUUUUCCAAAAUAGUCCUGUAUUACAAAUAAGUUUAUCCUUAUCUUUAGUUCAAAUGGGACAUCGGUGGUAACAAUUUUACGCAUUUCAUAUAUACUGUACUUAUAAGGUUUGAAGAUACUUCACUCUUGCUGAUAAUACAGUCAGGAGGUCUGUGCAAAUUCCAGUUGUUGAAUUGUUCUUAGAUGUUUUAGCAUUUUGAAUGGGCACUUCUCCACUCCAUACAAUGUCUGCAAAGUGAGCAGUUGUAAUUACUCUUUAUUUAAAUUUCCUUUGCAAGAAAGUGAAGUGUUUUUCAAGCUGGAAUGAACUUUGGAUUUAAAUGCUAGUCAGAAGAAGUUUUAAAUACUAACCCAUCACAUUGGUAUUGAUUAAUGUGAGUUAUUGGUGUGAUAAAACUAACCAUAACUUUAACUUCUAGUCUCAACAUGCUGUCGAUAUGAACUAACCAACUAUAUCUAAUGUGGACUUGGAUUUACCACUGGUUCUCCAUAUGUGCAUGGUAGCUUCAUCAAAGAGCUAUCUCUUGAUGUCAUUUAAAGAUGAUUUAAAAUUGUAGUAUUGGACAUGAAGUUUUUGUUUGUCUUCGUGUGAAUGUAUAGGUUUGUACGUUAUGUACAUACAGUGUACGUACAGUACUUGUACAAGUAUGUUAUGCAUACAUAUAUGCAUACAUUGUGUAUGAAUGUAAACCAUAUCUAGAACUUUAAUUUCAUAUAUCAAAGUGAGAUUAUAUAUAACUACACUUUAUUUACUUUAAAUAUAUUGUCAUGUCGAAUUCCAGAACUUGACCUACAGUAAAUACCCACAUUCUAAUUGGGAGAGUUAACAGAAAUGUUUUGUCAGUUUUUCUUAAUGUAGUUUCAUUUAAUCAAAUGUGAAUCCUUCAAGCCCCUCGAUUGAGAGUGAGCUUUUCGACUCAUUAACUGAAUUAGAUUGCUCACCAACAACAAUAAUGAAGAUAAUAACAGUGAUGUUAAUAGGAGUUCAUGAGACACGUUAUAUAUUAAAUGACCAUCGCUUUCUCCAGGCUGCUUUUACAUAAAGAAAGAAAUUUCAGCAGAAAUUUUUACCAGUCUUGAAACAUUCAUGUUUGAUGCUAGUAGCAAAUCCCACUUAGUUAUUGAAUUAUCUUCUUACAGGAGUUAGCCUGUUAAUUGAAAGACAUGUGACAGGAGGAAGGUGGGAAAUGUUUCAAUUUAUGUUGUGCAAACUAAAGUUUAUCAAAAAACAUUAUGGUCCUUGUACCGUAAUAAUUUAAUUCAUGAAUAAUGAGUAGCAUGAGAAGAGUAGGCAUUUGAAGUUUUAAAAAAAUCACCAAGCUAUUUUUUAUUUUAUAAAUUGAAAGGGUGGGAAACUAAUUGUUCACCAAAUAAGUUUCAUGGGAUAAAAUUUACUUUUAUGGUGUCUUUAAUGCCAUAAAUGCCAUAAGUAAAGAUGUAUUCCCAAAACAGGCCACCCACUUAACUAGCCUUGUUGGCGACCUCUCAUUAUAUUGGGCAUGUACAUAUAGAAAUGUUUCUUGAACUAUAAAAUGAUGGAUUCAUAAUUUAGAAAUUGCAAGGUUUACAUAUGUAUAUAUAUGUAUGCAAUUAUGUAUGUAUGUAUUUAUUUAAUUUAUUUAUUUGUCCUGUUUUAUAAUAGUGUAUGAUGGCCUUUGUAUAAUACUUAGUAGUAUAGUUAAUGUAGACAGGGUAUAGAAAUUAAAAUGAAUGUUUAUCUUCAAUUUAACAAAAUGAAUGUGGUUGACAGAGAUGAUAAUCCUGGAGUGUUUCUUAGGAAAUGACUGGUGUCAUUGUAAGCAGCUGAAAAACCAGUCUCCUAGAAUAUUGAAAGCCACAAUUUUUAGGUUUUUAUAUAUUGUACUGUAUAAAAACCUGUGUAACUGGUCAUUUUAUGGAGUCAUGUUUGAAGAGCUCUUUAUAAUUGAACUUUAUUGGAUUUGGAAGAUAUUUCACCAGCAUUGCAAUAAGCAAAAUUAGGAAGAGUGAUAUAAUAUUUGCUUGGACUAGUUGAACGUCAAGCUAAGGCUUGAAAGUUGAUGAUGGCAUCUGAACUUUAAUGUAGUUUGGAGAAUCUUAAAAUGGUUUAUGCUAUACAGUACGUAUACAGUAGUUUAUGAUUGCUGCUAUUUGACGUUAUAUGUAUUUUGUGGUUGCUGCUAAUUGACAUUGAAUGUGAACAGUAAGACAACAGAAGUAUAAGCACAGGGUAGCAAUAUCUUUUUUUUUUCUCUCUCUCUCUCAAAUAUCUUAUUUGAAGGUGAUUGAUGUUAGUUGUAAGGUAGGUAUCACUGUAGAUGACUGUUACCUUUAGGGAGAGAACUACUCGGGGAAAGUGCACCCACCCUGUGAUCAUAGUCAUUUCAAGAUCGGUUAUUUCUCCCAAAGAAUGUUGAAGGGUAACUGCAAGUAGGACACAAAGUAGCAAACCUAUUAGAGGCCUUAUUCUUGAACCUUGAGUGAUAAAAGUAGUGGUUUGAUAGGCAAUAUACUGAUGUAUUUUUUGUACUUUCACCAUUGCACUGCCUUGAGAAUAGUGCUUUGAAAGGUCAUGUUAGGAUUUUUGGUCUUGAAAGAAUUAGAUUUAGUAUUAGAUUUUUGCAGUAAUACCAGACUGUCAGUACUUACUAUCAUCAUGAGAACUUCAGAAGUAUUUAACUUUAAGAGAAAUGUAGAUUAUGAAUUAAACAAGAUACCUGUAUCCUCUAAAGUAAAAUAGGCAACUAGUUUGACCAUGUUUAGCAAAGAAUACUUGGCAUAAUUAAUUUCUCUCUCUCUCUCUCUCUCUCUCUCUCUCUCUCUCUCUCUCUCUCUCUCUCUCUCUCUCUCUCUCUCUCUCUCUCUCUCUCUCUCUCUCUCUGUCAGAAAUGCAUUUUCUCACAGGUUUAUUAGGUUGCCUUUUUAAAAAUCAAUAGGGGUUACAGGACUGAUGUUGACCUCCUUUGGUAUUAAAUACUAGCCUUCAGCAAUAGAAUUGAGGAGAAUAUUUGGCCUUAAUCUUACAAAUUUAUGUUUAGUAUAUUCAUACUUUUCAAAAUUUCCUUAAUGCAGAGACAAGCAGAUUUAUAUCUAGGUGUUGAUUGCAACUGUAAAUCUAAUUAAGUUUGUCAUAAUGUUCAUGAUAUGGACAGAGAAAACUGCAGAAAAUAUCUUUAUUUCGAAUGAAGAUGUGUUCAACUUCAUUUUCUGUUUCCAAUAUUUUGUAGGUGUUUGUCUGCAAAUUGGCAUUUUGAUUUUCAAAAAGUAGCUUAAUUUUUGGUGUCAGAUUCCUUAGACACAUAUCUUCUGUAGCUUUGAAGAGGGAAGAAGUAGUGUGUAUUGUUGGUUGCAACAACUCCCAACUUGCCAGGUUUGGAAAUUUAGUAUUUUAUUUUCAAUUUCAUUACUGUUUUUACUUCUUUAAUUUUUAUGACGAUUAUCCCACCAUUGCUGUUUGUAAUUGCCCUUUCCUUCAUUAUUCUUACUUGUAUUUUUUGCUAAGGUUUAGCUUGAAUGAAUUUUUUUUUAUUCUAGUUUAUUACAUUUAAUUAUAUUUACUUGACCUUUUGGUUUGAGGUUAUUUUGUUCACCUAUUUUUAUUACUUAUUGCUACUAGGAUGGUAUGGUUUUUGUAUUGAAGUCACUUAUAUAGGAUCAAACCUGCAUAAAUCAGAAAAGGGUUUUAAUUAGGUCAUCUUCCUUACUUUUUGGGUCAUUUCUAGUAUACCACAAAUGCUUCAGUCAAGGGAGUUUCAGUUGUCUGCUCCAAAAGGAGGUUCUCUCCCUCUUGACAGAUCUCCUUGGGCCCUGUGGCCCUAGACAAGGAAGUCAAGAUUUUCUAAGGUUUUCCUCUCUCAAGUGUUCUGUGAUUUCAAGCAGUCCAUGCUUCAGAGAGGUUAUGAUUAUACAUUGGUUGCCCCCUGACCAUUGACUGUUGUUUUUAUUAUAAGAUUCAGGGUUGCAAUACUUACCAUGUUUUCACUGAAACUAAGGGCAUUGACAUAAGGACUCCAACUUCUUUACAUUAUCUUGUUAUGUUGUUGCCAGCCAAGAUUGAUAUCAUAGAGGUUUUAAGGGAUUCUUAGCCAUGGUCAGUAGGCUAGAGUGGGUUGGUCAAAGGCCAGUGGUAAAUGGAGUCAUUUACCACUGAAAAAAUAAAAAAAAACAGAAA